AUGCUUUCUCCACCACCAGACACCUCGUUCCUGAUUCUUCCAUGGGCGACUAUCGCCUACCUACGCUCAAAGAAUCGUCAAUUCCAAGAAUGGACAUACCGUCAAGCCCUUACAAAUACAAUUAUCAAGGUUGGCCUACACAAGUACAUCUCCUUGAAACGAACGCCAUCCCUCUCCCUCAGGCCAGGAUUUGAAAGGAAGCGGUUCGUCCUUAUCGAGCCUGCGGGACCCGAAUUCUACUCCGGCAUUGCGUUGGAUGAGAAGACCAAACCAGAGACUGUCGGAGCCACGUGGUACCCCAAACGACCUUCCCCAGAUUUCAUUCUCCCCGAAGACCAGCACGUCGUACUCCACCUACAUGGCGGGUCUUACAUAUCAGGAGACGGCCGGACAGUGACCUGUCGCUUCAUCGCCAAGAAUUUACUCUCAUAUACCCCUACAAAAUAUGUGAUCUGUCUUCAGUACCGACUCGCGGGUACACCGAAUGGACUAUUCCCCGCUCAACUGCAAGAUGCCAUCUCGGCGUAUGCAUAUCUACUCAACACUCUUCACAUCCCAGCCUCACAGAUUAUUCUCAGCGGCGAUAGCUCCGGAGCUAACCUUGCCUUGGGACUGCUACGGUACAUAACAAAAUUCAACAAUUCAUCUCUUCUUCCCGCGCCAAAAUGCACCUGGCUUUUCUCGCCUUGGACAAAUAUCCCCGGAGCAAGAGACUUGGCAGCUUGGAAUAACAGUCCUAACUACAAAACCGAGUGUACUCCUGCGUCUUUUCCUGCGUGGGGUGCAACGCUAUUCUUACAUGAUCUGGAAAUUACCAAGGCCGUUGAGGAACAUGUUGCUCCAAUCAAGCAUCCAUUCACGUUACCGUCACCCAUGCUGGUAGUCACUGGGGGGAAAGAAGUGUUAUGCCAGGAACAUCGGGAAUUCGCCCAAAUUUUCAAAGCGUUGCCUCAGAAUGAAUCGCUGGUGGAUUUCUUCGUGUCUGAGACAACGCCACACGAUUUAUUCAUGAUUGGCUGGAUCAUGGGUUUCGAAAAAGAAGCGCGAGAAUGUGCUGAGAAAGUAGGAGAAUUUGUCAACAGGCUGGGUUACUCAUCUAAAGGUUGA